ACAAUAAUCUGUUGGAAGACGGAAAAGAUGAUUCGUCUGCGAAGGUUGAUUUGUGCAUGACCCAUGAGCAUGUGUAAGUUUAUUUCAAACGUGCCUCAGUUGUAUCUACAAUUCCAUGCAACCUAUUUAGUGAAACUACUUGGAACCAAUGACGCGGCGGUGACUCCUGAAGCGUUCGUGACUGAGGUGCGAUUAAAUCAUAUUCAAUUCCCCCUGAGAAACUGUCAGCAUUCUGAGUAUUCGGUGCAAGUCUAACUUUUCGAAAAUUGCACGUUGGACUGAAAGUGUCAGGGUUUGCAGCACGCCCUUUGAAUGGAUUUUGUUUGCACUGACGAGAUCAGCCGAUGACGAUGGAGAUCAGUGGUCUCCCACUGGAGUUGUGGCGCCUGAUUCUAGCCUAUUUGCCUCUCCCAGACCUGGGUCGCUGCUGUGUCGUGUGCAGAGCCUGGUAUGAGCUGAUUAUCAGCCUUGAUAAUACUCGAUGGAGACAGCUGUGUCUUGGAUGCAGUGAGUGCAAACACCCAAAUUGGCCGAAUCAUCCUGAUGUUAAACCUCACUCCUGGCGGGAGGCUUUUAGGCAACACCAUUUAACUUCAAAAAUCUGGACCAGAAAUGCACAAGACCUGGAAUCCUCAAAUUGCUUGUAUUUAUUUAGGCGGAAGAAGGAUAGAAAAACUAUAUUUGUAGGUCCAACAAGUGAACAUGUAAACCUCAGGAGUGCCUUAGCAGUUGCCAAUGUGUACGAUAAGAUUAUUAUUUUACCUGGAGUAUAUGAAGAACAGAAUGAGGUGACGUUGAAGGUCCCUGUGGAAAUAAUUGGACGUGGAAAGCUAGGGGAUGUGGCACUCCUUGUUAGUUUUGACCAACACUGUCCAACUGCACGGCUAUGCAAUCUGGUCCUCAUGCCCGCAUGGUUCACACCUGUUGUGUACAAGACAACGUCCGGCCACGUCCAGUUUGACAACUGCAAUUUAGAAAAUGGGCAGCUACAGAUCCACGCGCCUGGAACCUGUCAAGUGAAGUUUUGUGCUUUCAGCCAGUCAAGCAUCAGUUUCCACAAUGUAGCUCUCAGCAUUAUUGAAAACUGUGAGUUCAAUGGGAGCGAGAGCACAUCAGUGACUGUAGAGGGCCCUGGUUUGACUGACAGAAACUGGGCCUGCAAACACCUGGCCGUGGCUGCCAAAUCCAACUCCAUUUUGAAUGUGCCAAGCCAAGCACUUCCAAAUGCUUGUAGCUCUGAAAAUUAUUGUCAGCAUUCAUCGAGCAGCUUUAGAACAUUUGAAUUGAACGAUAAUGUGUCUGGUUCACGUCGCGCUUCGGCCUCCAAACAAAAUGUCCAGAUACCCUGCGUGAGAGAUGGUCAAUGUAAUGGAGACGGAUGUGUUACAAAACGGAGUCCUUGUGAGGGAGAUGCAAUUACUCUAGAGACUGAUUACAGUGACAGUGAAAUGAGCACAUACAGUGAGAAUGAAGACGAUGAGCAGUCUGUGUAUAAACUCUCUUACCAAUCCCAUGGCCUGAGUCGUUUGUUGGCAAGGACCAAUCCGUUUAGAUCUCAAAAAAAGGGAUCUGACCUCUUGCAAAUGGAUUUGGAGUUAAAAACUCUGCAGAAGGAGCUGCAGAAGGAUAAAGAGGCCCAGGUUCUUGCCAGCAGCCUACAUGGCUGCUUAAUCCGGAAGUGCCUGUUUCGGGAUGGGAAAGGUGGUGUGUUUGUCUGCAGUCAAGGGCAAGCUAGACUGGAAUGUAAUAUCUUCAGAAAUCUGACUUACGCUGUGCGAUGCAUCCAAAAUGCCAAGAUUAUAAUGAUAAGGAAUGAAAUUAGUCAAUGCAAAGCAUCUGGAAUCUUUUUACGAUUGGCAGCAGGUGGUCUAAUCGCGGACAACAACAUCCACUCCAAUUCUGAGGCUGGUAUUGAUAUCCGGAAGGGAGCUAACCCUUUAAUACUGUGCAACCAGAUUCACAGUGGCCAUCGCUCAGGAAUUGUUGUGCUUGGGAAUGGAAAAGGCAUCAUUCGCAGUAAUCGAAUCUAUGGAAAUAAAGAAGCUGGAAUCUACAUUUUGUAUAAUGGAAACCCUGUGGUGAGUGGGAAUCACAUCUACCAAGGACUUGCGGCUGGUGUUGCAGUGAAUGAAAAUGGAAGGGGCCAAAUAUUAGAAAAUAUUAUACGUGAGAAUCAUUGGGGAGGUGCAGAUAUUCGGCGAGGAGGAGAUCCUGUUCUGCGAAAGAAUCUUAUCUGUUAUGGGUAUUCAGAUGGAGUUGUUGUGGGCGAACGAGGGAAAGGCUUAAUAGAAGGAAAUACCAUUUAUGGUAACAAAGGUUGUGGUGUGUGGGUCAUGUCCUCUAGUCUCCCCCACAUUGCUAAUAACCAAAUCAGCCGUAACAACAUCUAUGGAGUGGCUGUCUUCUGUUGUAAAGACGAUGUAAGUGACUACCUCAACAACCAAGGAGGCGAUGAGAAUUUCAGUGAUGAAGGGGAGAUCAUCAGCUGGGAAAAUGACUUUGACAGUGAUGAGGAGAGAUACACUUCACACAAGCCAAUCACCGUGGCAUUGAUUGAGUUUAACAACAUCAAUCAUAACGGUGCUGCCGGACUCUACAUAAAAAGCAGUGAGACACUCAACAUAAUAGCCAAUGCAGUCCAUGCCAAUCAUGACAAUGGGAUUGCCAUUUAUCAGAGCAGUCAGUUCACUCACAUCACAAACAACAGCAUCACCUGCAACAGUGUAGGUGGAGUUCUCGUAGAAACAGGAUGCAAAGUUGAACUUCGGGGGAAUGGUAUCUAUGACAACAGUAGCCAUGGUGUCACCUCAAAGGGAGAAGGGACUGUCUUGGAGAAUGACAUCCUGGGAAAUCACGGAUAUGGUCUACAGCUACUUGAGAAUGCAGACAUGAAGGUGACGAAGAACAGAAUCCAAUCCCUUCAUGACUAUGGUAUUGCUAUCUUGGACCAAGCUAAGGGAGCAGUGCAAGAAAAUCAAAUCUUCAGAGGAAAAGUAGGGAAGACCAUUUUAGAGAAAACAGAAAACCCAGAAAAAUGUACUGUACAAAGCAAUGAAAUUUUAUCCUGCAGCAAAAAUUCUUGCAGAUCUGGCAUAGCCUGGAAACUGGACAAUCCUCCAGCAAGGCCGCUUGUUGAAGGAUCAAAUCGAGCCACCUCCAUGGUCCAGACGCGUCAAAGAGUUGCAUCCAUGACAACGCGAAUAGCUGCAAGGGUUGAAGGAGGCUGCCACGACAAUGGCAGCAUUUUCUGUUCCAUUCUUUAAUGAAUGAAAAUCAGCAUUGGUACUGAUGUGCCACAAGAAGCAACUUAGUGCCUCAAUUCUUGUAUCAAUUGUGUUUUUAAGUAAUGGAAAUGAAACUUGGGGCAUGCGUUUUGUUACUUCACUUCCUUACAGCUGAUCUUGCAUAUGAACAGAACAAUUGUUGGCAUCUUCGAUUUGGAGUUUAAUAACAUGGUGCCGUUCUCUAAUAGAAACUUAGAUCUGCUUAUUAAAAUUCCUAGUUUCAUACUUUCUGCCUGCAUGAUUAACAGCUGCCAACCUUAUCCAUGUAUUUUGACUCCACGAUGCAAUAUGAUGAGGGAUUUUUGUCCGUGCAAAUCUGAACCUGAAUGAUUUCUGAACUGACAUCUGCACAGAAAUAAGAUUUCUCCUAGAAUCUCAAUGGGUGGUGGAUUAGUAUGGAAUUUCAUCAAUUUGAGAAGCUAAUGUCCAUUUCAUUUACAAUCAGACUGAUUUCUCUUUGUGAACUAGUACUGAAUUUCUCCUAAAGUUUUAUCUUUGAGUAAAAGAACAUUUCAAAUCCUGGUUAUAGAUAUUUUAGCUUUCUUUGUGGAACACCUGUGGGAAUGCCAGAAUUUAUUGUCCUAUCCCAAGUUGUCCUUAAGAACAUUGUGGAUGAGCUACUGUAUUCCUUGGAGCGUUAGGAAGGAGUUCCAGGAUUCUGACUCAGGAGUAGUAAUGUACUUCUAAAUUAAGGUGGUGAAGGGCAUGAAAACUACUGUGUAGUUUGUGGUUUCCUCAUACAUAUGCUGCCCUUGUUCUUCCAGGUUGUAGAGGGUAUGGAUUUGGAAGGUGAUAUUGAAAGUAGCCUUGGUGAACUCAAAUAAAGACAGAGGAGAGGUGGGGCUGGGGAAGGUUGGUGGGGCAGAUAGCUGGGAGAGAAGAUGGACAAGUUGUGUCAGGUCCUCUCUCCUUCAAUUCUGAGCUCCCUUCUCCCUCCCCUUUUCAGAAGAAAAGUUCUGACCUGAAAAGUCAAUUUUCCUGCUCUUCUAGCUCCAUACUGUUAUCAUUGGCUCCAGCAUGUGCCGUUUGUGCCAUCUCUCGAUCAUUUGUUCAUCUUAUUUAUCUAUUUUUUUAAGAACCUUGUGUACAAAAUUUCACUGUCAGAUUUACUCAUGGAGCAACUGGACAAUCCGUCCAUCACCUCUGAACUGUGAAUUACUUUGUUUGAUCUUAGAUUAUAGCUCUAGAAUCUCUGCAGUAUGGAAGCAGGCUAUUGCCCAACACAUCCACACCUCUCUCCCAAGAGUAUCCCCCUCACCCUCUCCCUGUAACAUUGCAUUUCCCAUGGCUAACACACCUAAUCUACACAUCCCUGAACACUAUAGGUAAUUUAGCAUGGCCAGUCCACCUAGCCAGCACCUGUUUGGACUGUGGGAGGAAAUCAGAGCACCCAGUGGAAACCCAUGCAGAUAUGGGGAGAUUGUGGAGGGUGGAACUGAACUCGGGUCCCUGGUGUCGUGAAGCAGCAGUGCUAACUGCGCCAUCUGAUUUAUAACCCAUUUUGUGUUUAAAUACAUGGAAUUAAUUGAGGGUCUUGCAGUAGAGUCCAUACCUUUUGGGCCAAAAUGUCUGGAUUUAAUUCCCCCUGUUCUGGAGGUGCAUCCCAACAGGUUGAUUUAAAAUAACUACAGUCAAUUCAGUCAUAUGUAACUAAAAAUGUUAUGUUUGCUUAAGAUGAAGUGAGACAUCUUGUCUGUAGCACUCUUUCUGCAUUCUGAAGAUAUUACAGAACAGCUGUUAUACAAGUCAUUAUAUAGGCAAGUUAUGAUAGUUAACAGGUCACAAGCUCCAAUUAACAGGUUAAAGAUCAAUUUUUUGAUGUUAUUUACUCAAUUGGGCUGAGGUUCCUGAGCUGAUUAUUAAACUUACCAUCCAUUAUAAACUGGCCCUCACUACAAAUAUUUUUAAUCGACACAGUCAGACAUGUUGUACUCUGGCUGGAGGAGGUGGGACUUGAACCCAGGCCUUCUGGUGUCAUAGCAGCACCCUCAUAUCCAUAUUAGUUUGGCCCUUUCUUGGUUUCAAGCUUUGGUCCUUUGAUAUCUUAAUUUUUUUUUAAGAAAAGUAGCAUGGAACACAAAUAUGCCACCAGUUUUUUUUAAAAUUAUUUCCUACAAACCAGAACAGUCUGCAUGUUUCAAGCAGCUGAGUAUGAUCAAUAUAUUCUCCUACUGUCAGCUGCAAAAUAAUAUAAGAAAAUGAGCUAGUUAUUCACUUUCUGUUUGAAUGCAAGUACCAUGAGAGCGCACAAUGGGCUUCAGGUUAAUAGUGCAUCUGAAAGAUGGCAUUUCCUUAGUGGAUGGAAAUAGGGAUUAUGUUCAAAUGCCAUAGAAUGAAUUCCUCAAAACCAAUGGUUUAUUACCCCAAGCCAAGUUAAUUCAAGUAAAGAGCAUCGAAACAAGGGAUAGGAUAAUGCAGAAGCCAUGAAAUGAUUCAAGAAAUAUUUGAAUAAUGAUAGGUUUUGACAGAUUAACAGACUUUCAUACUAACAGCAGGCCAACAUUUUCAAAUCUUGAGGAAAAAGCCUCAAAAGUAAUUGAGUAAAACUGUAGAAUAUCAAGCCUGACCUUACUCAAUGUCAAUCUGCUACCAAACUUAACUGUAUUAUAGUAUAAAUAUGAAAGUUUAAUUUGAUUCAUCUUUGCAUUUCCUGAGCAGCAGUAUAUGCAGAAGGGAUCAACUGGACAAAUAUUAAACUUUUCAAAAGUUGCUCAUUGUAUUUUGAUGCUUAAUUAAGAAAACAAAAGACGUAGUUUGACGGUCAACUAUUAACUCUAAUUCGACUUCAAUUGCACUGUUAACAGGCCCUGGAUACUCCUUUUAAAAAAUAUUUGGAAUAUUAGCCAGACUUCGUGCCAGACAGUGUUCUGGUCAGACAUUCUUCAUUCAUGUCCCUUUUGUGAUCUUGAGGGCUGAUGUGACAUUUGACUGUGUCUCUGUGUACACCAUUAUGUCAUUUUCUUCCUUUUGCGACCUUGAAGUUUAGUUCGUACAUCCAACGGUAAUGAGAGUGUUGCUAAUUUGUGAUCCUCUGCAGUACCGCCGGGAAUAUCCACCUUUUUCUUUGUGAUCUUUAAGCCCAUUGCUCUUGCAAUGUCCAAUAUUCUAUAAAGUACCACAAAACAAAUGGUGAAAAAUGAAGUAUUUUGUACUAUUUUCUACCAUAACCAAGAGUGAGACAGAGAUGUGUACUUUCUAAAAAAAACACUAAACAGCAUAUUUGUGAGAAACUUUUGUUCAUGCACUAGUCGUUUAUAUAGUCAUCAUGGUUUGUGCAACUGAAUGAGACAAUCACAUGCUCACCAGAGUUUCACUGUUCCCAUGAAACAGACCACCUUAUCCAACAAAAUUCUAACCAGGGAGGCUAAGCAAGUGCAAGUAAAUAGAGGGAGAUGCAAAUCAACUGGGGCAGUGGGAAGGAGGAGGACAGGUAGACUCAAGAGGCAGCUCAGCAUACUGUUACUCCUACUGUAGUAUGAAGUAGGGUUACCUAAGCUUUUUCCUUAAUGGAACACUUAAAUAUAAAGUACAGUCUCAGGUGGAUCACAACUUUCAUCUAAAUUCCAAAGCCUUGGUGUUCUGAUUUAUGAUUCAUUUAGCAAUGAAGCAAUAAAGAUCAGGACAGCCUUUUUCCAAACCUCCAGAUGAACAAAAUUCAAAGUCAAAAGAAAAAUGAAAAUAUAAACAUAAGGACUGGAUAUACCUAUGCCAAGAGUUGGAUUACCAAGACUAUAGGCCUCACUUAAACCCAGAGGUGGAGUUCAUCGCUGGCUGCUGUGGAUAAUAUGGGAUUUGAAAAAUAUUGGAGUAGAUAAGGCACAUGUCAUGUAAGGACAUGCAGACAUGUAACGUGAUCGGUAAUGGAAUUAGUUACUCGAUGGCAAUACCACAAUUAUUGACAAAAGUUCUGAACAUUCAAAGUUGUAAUUCCAUGUUUAAAACUCUGUAGCCUUCAAACUUUUAGUUACAAGUUAUUACAGUACAUCUUUGCUCAGAAGCAAUCCCAGACAAAGCACAGACAGGUUUUUCGAAGUUAAUGUGAUUGUCAUAGUGUCAGUUGUGAUGGUUUUACUGUAAUGCCUGUGCUGGGGUCUGCAAUUGCCUAACUGCCCCCCCGCCCCACCCCCCCACCACCAAUCUUCAAAGACAAGGUAAAACCAGCACUUUUGAUUAACAGGUGCUACCCAUUACCGAAGCAUAAAGAAAAUUUAUGGUAUAUUUAAACUGUCACACUUUUUAUUAAACUAUUAAUAUUUAUCUCUUCAAACAAAAAACAAUCUGCAAAUGGCAUAUAACACACCUACAACAUUCUAUAGUGUCUCAAAAUCAAACAGCACUGCAACAGACCCUUCACUCCAUCCAGUCAAUGCCAAACAUAAUACCAAACUAACCCAGUUCUUCCUGCCUGCUCCUGGCCCAUAUCCCUGCAAAUCUUUCCUAUUCAUACAUCCAUCCAAAUGUCUUUUAAACAUUGUAAUUGUACCUGUAUUCAUCACUUCAUCAGGAGCUCAUUCCACACAUGAACCAUCCUCUGUGUAAAAGAUUUGGCCUCAUGACUUUUUAAAAAAUUUUUCUCCUCACACCUUAAAAAUGUACCCUCUACUCUUGAAAUUCCCUAUCUUACAGAACAGAGAACUAACAUCAACACUAUCUACACCUCUCAUUAUUUUAGAAACUCGCAAGGGUCACCUCUCAUCUUAAUUUAAAACAUUCCAUUGAUCCAGUUCAGCUCUUCCCGAAUGAACAUGGUAUAAAGAAUGACGGAAAUCAUGCACCAGUGAUGCAGCAUGUUGGUGUGUCAGUGGUUGUCAAUGUAUGUCAUCAGAUGGUCAACUCACAUCCUUUGGAUAACUAUUAGUUAGAUGCAUGGAAAUCUGUGGCCAGACUAACUCAGGUUGUAGUUGCACAUAUUUUAGUGCUCUUUACCACAUAGUUAGUAUCAGCCACAAUCUCAGACAUGGGCAAAAACUACUCCCUUGACAAUAAAAAUCUGAGGUGACAAAAUAACUGAGCAACUAAUAAAAUACUUAAGGAAAACACUGUUUACCUAUUUUCACUGAUUUUUAAAUCCCGCUGUAGAUAUGUGAGGUCAAUUUGAAAACUACUGAUAUGUAAAGCCAGUGCAAUAAUGUGUGCCACUGUCUUAGCUUUCAUGGAGGCUGGCAUUACAUGUUUUACCCUGAAAACAGACAGAAAUUGGUUAGGUACAAUAUUUGAAGACAGGAUUUCAUAUUAUUGCACAAAUAUAUUUUCUCAUUUACAGCCAUCGUAUUACUCACAGCCAAUCUGACAUUGAUCACUAAUUCUCGAGCUAAUCAUAAAAACUGUAAAUUUAUCAUGUGUAUUGUGUAAUAUUUUAGACACAGAUAAAUAUGUUAGAGUGCCCUUGAAUUUAAAUAUUUGUUAUUUUACAUGGUAAUGUUCUUUCAAAAACCUUACAUACAAUAUUCUGAUACUUUUAAUGAUUACAAAUUUUUUUCCCUAAAGUUGGUACAGUAAAAUCUAGCAGACAUGAUACAUAACAGUUCAUUUGAUCCCAUUCACUACCAUGCGAUUAAAUAGAUCAUAUUUUCAAAGAAAUUACUCAGUCAAAAGCAGUAUAUAAAAUCCUAAAUCUAAUCCUGAAACAAUGAAUUCUACAUCACACUUUAAAGGAAAACCGUACUUCUUGUAAGGUUUUUAAAUUUAGUCAAAGAAGACUAUUAAAAAACCAUGAAGAAACAGCAACAAGAAUAUGUCAUUCAGCCCCUAGAACCUGCUCCACCAUUUAGUCGGAUCAUCGCUGAUCAAACAUGCCCCGCACCCACUUUGCCUGUGUUUUCUCAGUGACCCUCGAUUCUCCCAUUGAUCAGAUACUCAGCAGACUAUUUGUUUAUCUUUAUGAUCACUGCUGUUUAACACUUUCUUUUCCCGUUGUAUCAAGACUUCUGUUUUAGACUGGUCAUCAGGUUUCAUUAUAAUCCCUUAGCUGCAAGUAUCGGUCUGAGCUUCAGUCAGUUUAACAUGCUUAACACAUAAUUCACGUAGCUACAGUGAACUAAAUGCUGUAUGACUCUAUGACUAAUAAUUACUGCAAUGAAGUUUUACCAUUGAAACAAAUCCUGUAUUAGCGAUACACAAUUGGCAAAUGUUCAACAUAGACCCAAUGGCAGUUUCUUUCCAGAAUUAAUCUGAUGCUAAAGUAUGUAAAUACAAUAAAAUUACAGUUGUAGAAA